GUUUAAACUUAUACGUUCUGAAAUUGAUCUUCUUGUGACAGCACACAAAAAUCAGCUUAAUCACACUUACUCUAGUAAUAAUAAUUGGGAAAGAAUUAAAACUAUAAUCGAUCUUCUUUAUCCAGUUCUUGAAGCAACAGAAUAUCUUUCAGGUAGCUCAUAUCCAACGAUCUUUGAUGUUCGUUUGACUGUUGAAGAACAAAAAACCGAACAACCACCAGAAGAAGAAUUAGAUUUAUACUUAUCUUUACCUAUGUGCCAAACUAAUCCGCUUAGUUGGUGGGAACAAAAUGAGUAUAGAUUUCCAAUUUUAGCAGUCAUAGAAACAAGUGUUCCCUAUGAAGAAGCUUUUUCUGUAGCAGCGGAAACAAUUACAAAAGUUCGUAGUUGUCUUCUUUCUGAAACUGCUCAGGCAUUGCUUUGUCUGAAAAGCUGGAUGAAACAAAACAUUAGAAUAUAG